AUGGGACUCCGGCAUUUCCUGACUGCACUGACAGUCCUACCUUCUAUCGUGUACUGCCAAAGCCCGCUUACAUCCUCGAAAAGAGGCCUUGUUUACGUACCAAGUGAGAAAUAUCCCCAAGACGAUGCCAAUUGGGACUCCCCAACUUCCGACCUCACUUGGUAUUACAACUAUGGUUCCAAGCCUUCUCCCGCCUUCGCAAAUUUUCCCAAACUUCAAUUCGUCCCUAUGCUUUGGGGAACGGGCAAUUCGUCCACUUUCCUCAGCGACGUACAGUCCCAGAUCAAGGCUGGAGCCAACAUCACAUAUGUUCUCGGAUUCAACGAACCUGAUGGGGAUUCCAGCACCGGGGGCAGUGAUAUUCCAGCAGAGACGGCAGCCCAGAUUUGGAUGCAGCAGAUUGAACCCUUGGCCAAGCAGGGUGUCAAAAUUGGAGCCCCCGCAUGUACAGGGGCUGAAACUGGCCGUCAAUGGACUCAGGAGUUCUUCACAGCUUGCAGUAAUUGCACAAUAGAUUUCAUUCCAGUGCAUUGGUAUGGCGAUUUCCAAGGCUUGGCAAGCCAUAUUGGUGAAUAUGUCGGCACUUUCAACAAAACCAUAUGGGUGACCGAGUUUGCGGAUGCCCAUGUUAAUCUCCAGGAAUCGCAGACGUUCUACAAUCAAAGUUCCAGUUACUUGGACCGCACCGAAAAUGUCACCCACUACUCAUAUUUCGGCGCUUUCCGUUCAGACGUGUCCAACGUUGGUGCGAAUUCAGCCAUGCUCACGCAGGAUGGGAAGCUCACAGACAUUGGGAGCUGGUAUCUCGGUGGAGGCGAGACGGGCAGCGUGCCCAAAAGCGCUGCGUAUCGGAAGACUGCGUUCAUUCGUUCUAGCCUCCUCGUGGGCUUGACCACCAUGUGGUGCGUACUGUGA